AUGCUACAUGCCCUGAACAAUCUUGGAAGUGUGUAUGUUGACUGUUUGAAACUAGACUUGGCAGCUGAUUGCUACAUCAACGCCCUUAAAAUUCGGCACACCCGAGCCCACCAGGGUCUUGCUCGAGAUGACAAGGUUGCUGCAUACAAUGAAAUGACAAAAUUGAUUGAGAAGGCUCAAAAUAAUGCAUCUGCAUAUGAGAAGAGGUCAGAAUACUGUGAACGUGAACUUACAAAGGCAGAUUUGGAGAUGGUCACUCGUCUAGAUCCCCUCCGUGUCUACCCUUACAGAUAUCGAGCUGCAGUGUUGAUGGACAAUCACAAGGAAAAGGAAGCCAUAGCAGAGCUAUCGAGAGCUAUAGCCUUCAGGGCAGAUCUCCAUCUUCUUCACUUAAGAGCUGCAUUUCACGAGCACAUAGGUGAUGUUCUGGGGGCCUUGCGGGACUGUCGAGCGGCUCUCUCUGUGGACCCAACCACCAAGAGAUGCUGGAACUCCACAGCGUGUAAAACUGUCAGGAGUUGUAAACUAGGAAUCUAG